AACUCACGAGAAAGCGAUCAGUGAGGAGACAAGCAAAGAGUAAUGGGAAAACCCAGACAAAGACACACUUAUUAGGAGUGAAGAACAGAACACAAACAGUGAGGAGUAAUCAAGGGAACGGGAAACACCUGGAGAGAGGAAACGGAGCCUGUGGCACAGAGGAGAGGGAAACAGGCAGAAAGGAUUGACUAAAACACAGCAUGUUGAAGCUCCUUUAAAGUUACCUACAGGAGGUCACUGCGGAUAUGAAAGGGAGCAACACUGACCGAACUGCAGACUGAAAGCAUGUGUCCAAGGAUGGAGCCAGUCUCAUGGGGUAGCCAUGUUUUGUCUCCAUGACAGCUAGUUCACUCAGCCCUCUCUGCAGUGAYCCCCUGCACAGCAAAGGAUGCUGGGAAAUAAUGAGCAUUUUUAUCCUGGCCAGGAUGACAAAGAUGAGGAGGAUGAGGAGGAGGAAGAAGAGCAAAGAAGAGAAAGGAGACAAGACGAAGGUGGACUCGACAGGGAGAACGGAGGAUUAGAGGGUCUGGGAGAGAAGGAGAURACAUCAGUGCGACAGUCCUGGGAGGUCAAAGGUGGCGAGGUGGUGAAACCCGCAGCCAUCGUGUUUGGCAGACAGAGGGCAGAGCGGCCCCUGAGGCUCGGGAACCUGGAGAACCGGGGCAUCCCUCACAUGUCCAAUCAGGCCCUGCAACAUCGCCACGCUGCCAACAAGCAGCAGCACCUGAUAGCAGCCAAGAGGCGAGCUCUCAUGGAGCGCAGCAUGACUGCAAUGGCUCCAGUUGAGGACACCUUCCUGACCAUGAUGGUGUUCCGCGUCGGMAUCCCAGACAUCAAACAAACAAGAUGUCUCCAGUUUGACCGGGACUGCUCGGUGUGGAGUGCGAAGCAGCAGAUCAUCUUCUCACUCGGCGAGUCUCUGUGGGACGUUUACAACUACGGCCUCUUCCAGCCAGCUGGAGAAGGACGAGAUGCCAAAUUCCUGGAGGAGGAGCGGCUCCUGCGAGACUACGCACGGACCUUUGAGAAAGGCGUGCCCUACCUGGAGUUUAGGUACAAAACCAGAGUUUACAAACAAACCAACCUGGAUGAAAAGGCUCUGGCUAAAUUCUGCACAAAGGCCAGUCAGAAGAAGUUUCUGGAAUACGUUCAGACUGGAGCCAUGGAGAAAAUGGCCAAAGUCCUCGAUAAGGGUCUUGAUCCAAACUUUCAGGACCCAGACACUGGAGAGACCCCGCUCUCAGUGGCCACCCAGUCCAGCCUGUCAGUGGAGGGCAUCAGGCUGCUGGUUCUGGGUGGCGCUCACUUGGACUUCAGGAGCCGAGACGGCAUGACGGCGCUGCACAAAGCUGUUAGAGCUCACAAUCACACUGGGCUACUGACUCUUCUGUCUCUUGGGGCGUCUCCGGACUACAAGGACCGCUGUGGCCUGACCCCGCUGUACCACACUGUGCUGACAGGGGGCGACACUUCCUGCUGUGAGACUUUGCUCUACUACAGGGCAAAGCUGGGGACAAGGGAUGAGAAUGGCUGGGAUGAGAGUCAUCAGCCGAGGGAUGAAGAGGAGUUUGGAAUGGAAGAAAUACACAAGGCUUGUCAGAAYGGCCUUGCACAACACUUGGAGCAUCUGCUGUUUUAUGGAGCAGACACUGCUUCUCAAAACGCCUCAGGGAACACCGCGCUUCACAUUUCAGCCCUGUACAACAAGGAAAGCUGCGUUCGUGUUCUUCUGUACAGAGGGGCGAAUAAGGAGGCAAAGAAUAAACAUGGUCAGACCCCUUUUCAGGUAGCUGUUAUGUCUGGUCACUUUGAACUUGGGGAAAUCAUCAAAAACCACAAAGAUKUGGACGUAGUUCCCUUCUUGGAAUCACCCAAGUUUGUCCCCAGGCGAAAAGACAGCGCCCACACGCUGCCUCUGCCCCAGCUUCAUUCCCACCCCCUGCUGCGUGCCAACAGUGAUAACACAAUGACCCAGUCUGACCCGAUGGCCCUCCCCAACAAGUCCGCCACCAAUCCCAACCCCGGACAGGGCCAGCGCAGGGCUUCCAUAGGUGUCCGAAGCUCCAGCAGUCCCAGAACUCGCACACGGUCCCCUUCCAGAGGGAGGGGGGGCCAAAGUGAUACAGAGGAGAGGCACCGACAGCCAAGAGGCAGACAGAGCGCGACCUCAGCAGGCAGCAGUGGGGGUCAGAUGAAGCGGAUGUACAGCGCGGUGCCGGGCCGGGUGUAUGUGGCCACUCGUGCCCACUCUGCCAGCGGAGACAAGGAGCUCUCACUAAACAAAGGAGACAAAGUUAAAGUGUUGAGCAUCGGAGAGGGAGGAUACUGGGAGGGAACUGUGAGAGGACGCACCGGCUGGUUCCCUUCAGACUGUGUACAGGAAGUGCCAGCUCCCAGCAAGGAAAAGGAGACACGCAGUGAGAAAGCCAAGAGGAAGCUCUUCCGUAAUGUCACCGUCGGCGCUUACGAYGGCACCGAUGGCCCCAGGUGAACGGUCAGAAUGUGGUGAAGGUUGGUCAUCGGCAGGUGGUCAACAUGAUUCGGCAGGGCGGCAACAGCCUCAUGGUGAAAGUCGUGAUGGUUGCUCGUAACCCUGAGCUCGAGGACACUGCUCGGAAGARAGCCCCUCAGCAGACGAAAAGACUGACUCCUCCUGCCAUCGCCCUGCGCUCCAAGUCAAUGACAUCAGAGCUGGAAGACAUGGUGGAAAAAGCAGCUGCCUCACCAUGGAAAAAGAAAGCAGAUUACGAGUCCUCUCAGGGCCCUGAUAAGAAGAGAACAGUUUAUCAGAUGGCGUUAAAUAAACUGGAUGAAAUACUGGCUGCUGCUCAACACACCAUUAUAUCAGACAACCAGGGCCAGAGAGGUCAUGGAGGCAAGAGGGACCGAAGCAAGAGUACUGUUCCCAACAUCUCCAAUGAGCAACCCUACGAGCAACAGUCAUCAGUGAGCAUUGUCCAAACUGGACCCGCUUUUGGCUACAACCAAGCUCAUUUUCAACCAGGCCAUGGUCCUCAGCAUGCAGUCAUGAUGCGGCAAAAAUCUAUUGGUGUAACAGAGGAGGAGCGGCAGUACCUUCACCCACCUGCUAUGAAGCUGGCCCGCAGUCUUUCAGUGCCAGGACCAGAAGAAAUCCCACCACCCCCUAACACUUCUGCCCCAGAGCCACCUUUAUCUGCAGGUCCUUAUACUGGCCGAGGACCUGUUAUGCAAAUUCCCCCUAUAUCUCAAGCGCACUACCAGUUCCCCUCACAACCAGGACAUCCUACCCAAGCUCCUUGGGAUAGGGGAGGAUCUAGUGGGAUGAACCAGCAGGUCAUGGUCCCCACCCUCCGCAGGCAAUCAGACGGACUUUGUAUCAGAGAGCCAGAGGUGCCUCGGAGAGGUGGUGGCAAGAUGGGAGGGCUGAGGCGAGGCUACAGCAGCGCUACGCCACCAACAAGUGCUAAACCUAAAACCCAACAGGUGCAACAACAUCCUCCUCCACAUUUGUCCAACCGGGAGCAGGGUGGGGGGACUGGAAGGGGAAUGGCAAGGCGAGGUGGUCGUGGAGCUUUGAUUAAGCAGUCUAAAGUGGAAGAUGGGCUGAGGCAACAUCGAGGAAAAGGAGCUGCAACCAAAGAGAAGAGCUCCAUCCCCAUCCCCACCAUCAUCGUCAAAGCACCAUCCACCAGCAGCAGUGGUCGAAGCAGCCAAGGGAGCAGCAUGGAAGCUGAGCAAUCCCAGGAUGCAGAGGACCAACCCUCUAGAGAAGCAGCCCCUGACAGCUCCAGUACAAGCUUACCCUCACCACUCACCCCGUCUCCACCCCAGCCAUCCACGUUGACUUCCUUGCCUUCAUCAACUGUGGCACCUUCUGUGUCUUCACAGCAAAACCUGGACAAGUUGGAAUAUACCCCAACAUUUGGUACAGCAUUUGGAGGAGGGCCACGCAAGGAAAGAGAACGUUUAAAAGAUAUAAGAAGGAAAAGUGCUUCUUUCUUCUUAUCAUCUGAGGAGGACAUCCAAGGAGAAGCAGGAGGUGGAGCAGGAGAAGUGGGAGGAGCUCUAGGGACACAAAUUCAGCCUCUACGUGGUUCACAAAUGGAAAUACCUACCCCUCGACUUCGACCGUCCAAGUCCAUAGAUGAGGGCAUGUUUUCUGGAGACAACCACAUGAACUAUUCCAGCAGCAUGCCCCCAGCCUUUGGCCUUCCAGAGUACUCUUCUCCUAUACUUAGUCAGGAUGGGCAACCCAAGUCAGCUCCCUCAAUGUAUGGUGCCCAGCCUGCCACUACUUUCAUUCACCCACUUACAGGGAAAGUUCUGGACCCCUCAUCCCCACUUGGCCUGGCCCUAGCUGCAAGAGAACGAGCCUUAAAAGAUGAUCGCAGGACACGCAGAGAGGACAGACCGUUUGGCCGGCAGUUGUCUACAGUUGGAUCCUUCCCCACACCGGUUCAAACCCCAACUCCUUCACUUUUUGCAACCCCAACACAAUCGGCGUACAAUUCUCCAGUUUCUCUCCACCUUGGUUCCCCAUCUGCAACCAUCUCACCUGCAUCUUUAAGUCGGCCACAGUCGCCAAGGAUUUUACGUUUGGGAGGAGGGGGUGGAGAAAGGAUGGAGAGAGAAAAGGAAGGAGGAGGGCCUAGAGAGGGACUUAGAGUUCGUUUCUCCGAGGACAGGAACAGCCAGUUCUCAGCUCCGUAUUACCCACAAAGCACCAGAGAGAGGGAAAGGGAGGUGUAUGACAGCAAACCUGCACCACCGAUUCAGCCUCCUCCCCCACCAGCUCAACCUGCUCCCCGCAGACCUUCCUAUUUACAGAUGGAAAACACUCCCAACACGAGCUAUAUUCCUCAGUACACUGUACCCACAGCGCCAUCACAGAUCAAUGACAGUAUGGGAGAAGCAAGAGCGGGGGCAGGUGGUCUAGGACUGAUGGUUUUACCUCCACCAACUCCUUCAAUAGAUGCAGAUGAAGAGUUUGUUUUUGCGGAUCCAUUGCCCCCUCCUCUGCAGUUUGCUAAUGGUAAGAAUGAGAGAAUGCAGGAAUUUCAUCAGCAUUAUCAGCUUCAUAGUCAUCACCAGGCUUCUGCUGUCCCCCCUCCUGUUUCAUCUCCCAAGACCUCAAAUGCUCCUCAGCCCACUUCACAAGGUGGUGACUCUGCUGCCUCCAGCCUCACCUCCUACGACAGUGAAGUGGCCAACCUUACACAGUCGGCUCUUUCUCCCUCUUAUCCAUCCCCGCAAAUAUUUACCCCAUCUUCCACCAUGGCCACCACYAGCUCAAUUGUUUCUCUGCACACCGCAUCUGUACACAGACCCCAGCCCAUGUCCCUUUCACACCCUUAUUACAGCAGCUMCAAUGACCCCUUAGUAAAUGUUCAAACUCCAGCCCAAGACAGAGGCACAGCCACUCUUACAACUACCAUGACCUAUGCUACAACUACCAUGACCGCAACUACAGCUGCCACAACCACUACAACCUCUCUAGCAUCAUCUGAUUACAGUUCUGCUGUGGCAGGGCCCAGGGGUGGUCACAGUACAGGGGGUAAAGCUGCUGACCUCACUCAUCACACCAACGUUGUGUCCAAGGCUGGAGACUGGCAAGAUGCUGUGGUAGAUUCUGGAAUUGAGGAGCUGGACAGUCAUAGUAGUAGUGACCACCAUUUAGAAAUGCUGGGACUGAGUGGGUUGAGAAGGGACAGAGGAGGGGUUGGAGUAGAUGGAGUAAAAGGCGGUCAACAUCAGGAUCCUUGCACAACCUACUCAGGAGGGCAAGCAUUUGAGGUGCACAGCACCAAACUGGCAAACCCUGUGUUUCCAAAGAUGACACAUUACAAGGAGGUGGAAGGGAGGGGCCCGACUAUAGCACUACGUCGGCAAAGCAGCGUCAACCCUGCGCCUCUGCAGCUGCAGAAACAAAUCAACCCAGAAGAUGCCGGUUUAGGUAGAACUCAUAUAGAUGAAAAGAAGCACAAGCAGAGUCGGUCCAAAAUGGAUGAUGGCUUUAGUUCGGCCCUAGCUGCUUGCCUAGAGAGGCCCAUGGAGUCUCGCUCGUUGGUCUGGGGUGACAUUGGUGAACAUGAGCAGGGUGACGUUCAGAGUGGGGAUAUGGUUUUGGAAGGUCGCAGACUUCCUUCCCCUUUCUCUGGUGUGAAAGCUAGCAUCAUUACUGAGCUAAGUUCAAAGCUGCAACAGAUGAGUAGCAUGAGGAGCAUGGAUGACUGGAGCCAUGCACCAAAGUCACCUACCAUGCACAGAUAUUCAGCAGAUUAUACCGAUGCCUUUCACAGUCCACCAACUGGCCGUUCCACUUCACCACUACCCACCUCAUCUCCACAGCAUCGACAGAUCCGGACCCCCAACCUCUCUGCUACUCCUUCUGUCUCGCCUUCUCCUCAAGUUCCAGUUCAGCGCAACUGGACCAGAUCGCCUUCUCCGCAGAUGCCUACCUCCCCGGUACAUUCACAUCCUCCCCAUUCUCCAACCUACUGCCCAUACCCAACAUCACCUAAGCACAGGUCUAAGAUGCGCAGGCAGACUUUUGAUUUUCAGUGCAGCCCCACUAAGGAGAUGCGGUCUUCAGUUUCCAGGCGGCGGGCUCCUAGCCCUCUCAUCUACAACACUGAACAGCCGAACCCCACCCCUCCCAGACCCUCAUCUCUCCCUAUCCUACCUUCUACACCUGCCUACAGCAACCCCUUUGACUUUCCUGGCCCCCUCACCCCUCCAUCCCCUGGCCUUCCUCUUGGAGAUCCUUACCAUGCUUCAACUCCUCCAUCUGCAGUGCAAAGUCCAAAUCCCCUACUUUACUCACACUCUCACUCCCCCACUCAUUUUCUGUCUGGAGCUUCCACCCCUCUGCAUCUACCUCCCAGUCCUUCAUGUCUGAACUAUCCACAGAUCAGCCCUCCUCCACCAGCCAAACCAUUCGCCAUCAAACCUCUACCCUACUGGACCAAGUACGAUGUGGCCGACUGGUUGGCUUAUUUAAAUCUGGGUGAACACACAGAGCGUUUUAUAGACAAUGAGAUAGAUGGAUCUCAUCUGCCUUCGCUUACAAAAGACGACUUCUUGGACCUGGGAGUGACACGUGUGGGACAUCGAAUGAACAUCGAGAGGGCGCUUAAGAAACUCACUGACAGGCUUCUCUCCUCUCCUUUGCAUGUCACAACUUCUCCUCGAGACACAGACUGAGAGAGUGAAGGAACAAAAAAAAUGGAGAUUAACAAAUUGACAAAGAUGAACUAUAACUGAAGAGUUGCAAGAGAAGAACAGUGGACAUCAACAGGUUGUGUUUAAAUAAGCACUAAGGCGUAGAUAUGUGCAGGAAGUUUGCUAUAAACGUAGAAAUGAAUGUUGUAAAAUUUGUGAAAUGGGUUUGAAGAAAGUAAAAAUGUCUUAAGAGUGAUGCUCAUCGAGUAAAAAAUAUAUACUUUAAAACUUUUGACGGGCGGAAAUUUAAUUAACACUGUUUUGUGCUGUAAAAAAAUAAACACUCCCAUGCUUGCGCUCAUAUUUUUACACACUAUGACAGAUGGAUUCUCACACCAUCUGCUGUCGAGCGGCAAUGAGAAAACUCAAGUCUGAGUUUAAAGACCAACAGACAAAUUGCUGCUUAAAGGCUGAAGCCCAAAUAAAGUUUUAUUUAUUGUUGCUGAAUCAGAGACUACUCAAAGUAGGGACAUGAAAGGCACAAUCUAACAUCUGUUUGUAGCUUUAAGCAGAUCAGAGAAUUAUUACUGGAGCCAAAAUCAGAUUGAAACUGUGAAGAAAAUUGUUUUGUUUAUAAAUGAUGACAGAACAAAAUCACUAGACUUUAAUAGUAUUGUUUGUAUACAUAUAAGUAUAUGUAUUUGCCAUAUUCCCCUAAAGGAUGCCCCAAUAAGCUUUGUAUGUUUGUACUUUGCGAGCGCUAAAUAUAUAUUACGUGUUAAAAAAUGAGAUUCACUAUUAGUAAAACCAUUUGUUUUGUACUAAGUGCUGAUAGCAAUCAUUCAGAUAAAACUGGUCAGGGUAUUUAUAUACAGAAGUCACGUUGUGUAUAAUGAAGACAUAAAAAUAUUUAGAAAAAGUCUUGGGUUUUUUUUAACAAGCUCCCGAGAAACCAGAAGACAUUUGAAAGUGAACUGGUUCACAAAGUCAUUUGACGCCAUCUUUUCUAAGGGUUUAUAGCUGUUUUUGGCAAUAGUUCAGGUUGGAGGGGUUGAUUUUUCCCCUUUGAUGCCAUAAUGAUGACCGUUCACAUUGAUUCAGUGAUCAAAAAGGGCUUUUAACAGAUUCUUUGUUUUUGCCUGACUUCUUUCUGCCUCUGUGAGUCAGUGCAUCUGAUUAUGUAUUUUUUUAGUUAAGUGCUUCUACUUACUAAAACCUUCUCUCAUGCUUUUUCCCAAAACAUACCCAUUCUGUUCUGUUUUGUUUUAGUUUUUUUUUCUUUCUUUCUCACCAGUUGACAAUCACAACGUUUCACUAUUCCACAUAUUAUUCCACUCAACGGGAUGCUUUACCCCACCUUCAACAGAAAUUCUCCCUGUGAUCAGUUUCAAGCUGCUGUUUGUGUUGCGUACAUUUUGAACUUGUUGGAUUAAUUUUUUUAACGCUCCGAACCAAUCACUGCGGUGGAUUCAACUGUGGGGCAAAAACAACAACAAAAACUGCAUCACUUAAUUAAAGCUCUAUAUGUAAAGACAAUGACAGCAAUGAUAACAAAAUAUAGUAUAAAAGAUUAUUCUAUUAAGUGUUUAAAAUUAAGAAUCUCUGUCUUCCAGAUAGUGUGGACAAAUUCUUUGAUGUUUAUUUUUUUGUUUUGUUUUGUUUGUUUGKAAAUGCUUACCUUACUGCUCACCCUGUGGUAACCUGAGUAAAAUGACUCAUUAUUUAAUGAUUUAAUGCAGAUUUUYUUUGUGUGGACAUCAAACACUAAGGACACUCUCAGAGGUGAAUAAGGACUGAGCAGUAGUGUAGAAAGCAUUUUCAAACCAUGAAUUUAUAGUAUUUUAGGCCUAAUAAAAUACAUGACUACAUACAGUGUGAGCAUAAGUUUGCAGAGAUAAAAGAUAUAUAAAUAUAUAUAUAUGAACAUAUAAAUUUAUAUAUAUAUACAAAUUUUGUUUGGAAUAAAAUACAGUAUACUGAUAACAUGAUAGAGCUACAAUUAAGGUGUUGAAAUAAAUGCUAAAAUAAACUACGKCUCUGUCACCAUU